UAAGAGAGCUCGUUCGCAAAAGUCACAUUUGUUGUUAAUUGGAGUGAACGCGUCGCGACGUUUGAAGAGCUCAGCAAAGUAUCAAAAUAUUUAAAAAACAUUACAAAGCCAAAAACUAGAACUUAAUGUACGAUAUCUUUCUAUAAUUAAUUUGGAUUAUAAGCGAAAACGACUUGCAAUAGUUAAGGAACAAGAAUAAUAACAAAUUGUGAUAAAACAUGCAAAGGGUGUAAUUCUGAAGUGAAACUUUGAAGACUUAACACCAAAGUGGUACAGAAAAGAUUUUCGUACGCUCACACUCGUAGAAGAUUGUCGUGGCCUACGAAAAGCAACAGCAAAUUCUGACCUCAAUACGUUUGUAAGGCCAGACAAAAAGGGCGUUGUGACUCUAUACCGCUGCUACUUACUUGUUAACGUUAUGCACUUACAGAGUUGAAACGUCGAAGUCAGUGAGAACGUGAACGGCGUAACAAUCGUUGCAACUGUUUCUUUGAUCGUGUGCGCUAAGAGUCAGUUGUAUUGUCGCGCGGUGUGUCAUUUAAACGGUACGUCAGUUCGCCCGUCUGUCGGUGGUAUAUUAAUCGUCUAUUACGAACUGUGCAUGUCUGAAAGAGAUAACAAGUCUGUAUAACCGUCUUUGAGUGCGUUCUGAACAAACAAAAACAAACACUAAAGCGAAGGACUAAGUAGGUAUACGAACAUACCAUCUCUGCGGGUCGUUUGUUGUUGGACUCUUAAAAAACCGUAAUAAAAAGAUUGUAAAGGGAAUCGAUUUUCUGCAGCAGUGCCAACAAUAAAAUCAGCUGUCGUGGCACUCAGAACCUACCCAAGUGCAGACGCGCGAAACUGAGUGAAACGCCAAACCACUCAAAGUGAGCGCUCAUACGCUGAAUAGUAACCACUAACAGUAAGCAAGGAGAACGGAGUGGGAAGAGCCACAUACACAGCCGAUUCCCGUAUUUGCCGCAGUCGACUUCAACUUUACUGCCACAGAAUUCAGAGCUCAGAGACGACGCCGAAGAAGAAUACUGAACCAUAAACUACCAGAUAGUAAACGAGAGCAGACAUUAAGAAUUUUUUUCACAACACUUAUUAUUGGUCAUAGUAAAUAGACGGUCGGUAAAGCGGUGAAUAAAGGAAAAACAUUAGCGUCUCCGUCACGUAAAGCAAAUCUAAUUAAUUCAACAUUACAGCUCAUUGCAGUUGCAACUAAACCAACACACACACAGACGCAAAGAUAAUUAAAUUAAGGCUGAUUAAUUUUUUUGUAAGAAAAAAGACAAUUACAAAAGCAAAGUGUAUUUUUAGUUCUUCGUGAGUAAAGACUGAUAAAAAGUAACGACAAGGAUUAUUCCAAAAAUACAACAAUACAAAAAAUCAAUAAUAUAAUAAUUAAUAAUAAGAAGAACGCGAAGCCAAUGCAAUUAAAGCAACAAAACCACAUUCGCAAUUACGGGUUGACUAAAUACGUUAAAAAUUAAAUAACUAGUUCAUGUGAAAUAAAUAUAUGUAGAAUAAAUUACAUAGAAUACGCCUAAAAUACCAGUAAUUAAGAAAAAAAGUAAAUAUAUAUUUCUACCUACAUACUUGCUAAAUAAAACACAAGGAAAUGAUAUAACAAAGUAAACAACAGCAACAUAUGGAUUAACGUUCCUGAUAUAAUUAACAAGAAWCACCCCAUCCACACAAAAGGAUCUGCGCAUACCUGCACAUCUAGCGGAGUAAUAUCAACUGUAUAUAUAGAGCUGGUGUCAGCUUUGCAUUCCAUUAACAAGCAUAGUUUCACUACAAGAAAAGCUCCAAAAGCAACCGCGAAUCGUAGAAUAUAUUGAAUGUUGAUUGCCAUACCGUUUAGAUAUUACUUGAUAGCAUCAGCAACCUUUUGGAUAACCGUCGCUAGUGUCAGUUGUGUAUUGUUUGAGUUUCGAAAUUACAUUAAAUUAUUAUCGUCAUUUGAAACACCAGUGCCUGAAGAUAACAAGUGCAAGAAAAUAAUUGAAUUGAAUGAUUCAAAAUAUAGCAAGAAUCAAAAGCAAAAAUUCUGUGCUCGAAAUACAUUUCGUAAAUAUUUCGCAACUCCUUACGCUUUACUAUAAAAGAAAUAACCCAAACAAGGAAAUUAGUGCCAACAAAAACAAAAGCAAAAGCAAGCUAAGCAGCAAUAAAGUUAGAUUGUGUUUGUUAAAAUUGAGUCCUUCCAUGUGAAUUCACCCGCAAUAUUGUGAAGAGAGCUUAUGAUAUAAAAUAAAAGAAAUUGCGGGGUAGUGUUUAUAACGAAUUCCAUGUGAAUAAAAAGAAGUGGGAAACUUGUGUGUGAAAGCCAGUCUUUAAGAUCGCAAAAAUUAUUAACGAAACUAUUGCCAAAAUGACGAUGGCUGCGUGCUACGCCAAUUAUGAAAUGUCUUUACCACACAGCAUGUCCACAGCGGCGUUGCUAAGUGCUCAACAUCAUCACCAUACUCAGCUCAAUCACAGCCAUAGUCACCACCAACAACAACAGCAGUCGCAGCAAACACAUCAUCAGCAACAACAGCAAAUUUACCACCACACGCAGCAACAACAUCAGCACCACCAGCAGCAACAUCACUCGCAAUCAUCCAAUGGUGUGACAACGUCGUCGUCGUCCACAUCCAUGGCGGCGGCGACGCCGGCUGGCCGAGGUGGUAAUGCCUCGACAGUCACCCCCGCCGUCGCCGCCACCAACUCAGUUAUAAGCAGCACCAAYAUUGGCAGUGCCAACAUCACCAACAGUCGCAGUAACAGCAACAGCAGUACCAACAUUAGUAAUGGUGCAACGUUGUCGGCUGGUACAACGGUGGCGAUCAUCAGCUCCGGCGGCACUGCGACACCACAGAAAGAUUAUUCCAUUCCAUUGCAUGUAGACUGCAGCGUAGAGUACGAAUUACCAAAUCAACCCAAACCACCGGUAGGCCAACGAGUAGAGCCAUUGCUGAUGAUCCAUCCCUGUUACUUUCGUAAAAUGGAAUCGCAACGGCGCAGUCCUUUUGUUAACAAUAUGCCGGCGUCAGCGCGCAACACUGCGUUGUUGGUGAGUGGCUUAAGUAGCUCCUCAACGUCGACGGCCACGAGUGGGGCGGCGUCAUCGGCGGCGAGUACGUCUGGUGCAACUGCGACCGGCUCAUCAGCGCGUCGUGCAGCUGCGCGUCAAUCUCAGGUUAUACAGCAACAGCAGCAGCUCCAGACACAGCAACACUUGCAGCAGCAUCAAGUAGUUGCUCAAUACCAACAACAGCUGCAGCAGCAACAAUUGCGACAGUCAACUCAACAACAGCAGCAGUCACAGUUACAACAGGAGCAGCAGCAGCAGCAGCUCCAACAGCARCAGAUGUCGCAAAUGUCCCAACAAGCGCAUUAUCCAGUGGUAGUGGCGCAUCACCAUUUGAGCCACCAUCAACAACAAACGCAGCAACAAAAAGUGGUGCAACAACAAGCUAGCAUUGCCUCAUCUGCUCCACCAUCCUCUUCUGCCUCAACAGCGGUGUAUAUUGAGCACGCCAGUGCAGUGAGGAGAGCAGCAGCCGCGGCUGCUGUGCAUCACCGUAGUAACCAAAGCCGUGCCGCAAGCGCUGUUGCUAGCAAUGCCAGCCAAGUGCAUCAGCAACAGCAACUGCAGCGUCCAAGCCAAAGCACAACUGCUUCGAUUGCGGCCGUCGCCGCCGCCGCCGCAGCAGCCGCCGUUACCUCUCAAAGCCAGCAGAAUAUUCUAAGCCAGAAUGCCUCACAAUGGGACCAGUUGGCAGCGAUAGCCGCUCGCUCUUCGAUGACACCAGCCGCGGCUGCGGCUGCUGUCCACUCCAGCCAAAUGUUGGCACCACGCAGCACGCCCACCUUAUUCGGCAAAAGUCUGUCCGCAGUAGGCAAACGAGAUGCCAUGAUUUCCGGCGGCGUAUACGGUGGCAGUGCUGCGACGGCAGCUAGCAGCGUAGCCACGCUUCACAACGGAAAGCAACAACAGCAGCAAAUGCAUUGUUUGCCCACUGGGGCGAUGUGGGCCGAUCCCAGCAGCGUGGCGUCAGCCUCAGCGGCCACCUCGUCCACAGCGUCGGCGCUGAUGGUCGAUCGCAGCCCAAUGGCAACAGUUCCUAGCAACUAUCAGGCUGGGCCUGAUACCACCCCGACGAUAAGUACACACUACACACGUGAUGAAAAGCUGAGCGGCAAAUACCGGCAGUACUUACGAUCGCAGCGCAUGCAUCCUUACUUGUCCGCGACAACAACGAAUGUGGCAGCCGUCGCUGCAGCAGCUAAUCUCGGCCAAACAUUUCCACAGUUCGCGGCCACGCCAUCGUUCCAGCAUCUACAGCAGAUUUCCUGCUACAAUGUAUGAUCGACUUGAACCACUGACACAACAGUUGCGGCAACAGCAGCCUCAGUAGCAAAACAGCAGUAGUGAAAACUGUAAGUGUUCCACCAAGUGAUUAAGUGCAGUGCAGCUAGCAAAUUGCUUCUUGUGAACGCUGUAAGGUUGAGCGCGUGUGCGCCGUUCUACACCGGGUCUUUGGUCGACAUUAGACAGUUGAAAUGAACAAGUCACAUAGCUUUCGGAGUUAGCCGAUACCACGCAACGCGUUUAAUGGAGUAGUGGUAGUAUAAAUGGUAAAAUUAUUUGUUAAACAAACUUAUGGAUUACUUUCAAAUGCCAGAUAGCGCAUUUCGUAACAUAAAAAGGCAAAAAAGCUAACCAAAAUUACAUAAAUAAAAAUUAUAAGAGAAAAAUUAAUGUUAAGCGAUAGCUGCUAAAUUGUUAUAUUGAUAAAGAACCCAUUAGAAAAUGUUUGGAAAUAAGACUAUACUAUUAGAAAAUGCAACAAAUUGCCGAUAUUUAUGUACCGUAACGCUACACCAUCGACGAAUCGAACAGUUACAUGCUUAACGAACAUACUUAAAUGCUUCAACGUUAUUGUUAAACGCUUGCAAUAAAAGCUAUAGGGUAGAAAGCAUUUGUAGGUGUGUAAGCCCAGGCGGUCCUAUUGUACCGAAGCAAUGUUUCGCCGACGGCUCGUGCAUCUAUUUAGGAUACUAGCACAUGUCGACCGUAUUGGCAGCUGAGAAUGCCGUCGGCAUUUUAAAUUUAGCCGACGCRUGUUAUUUGUAUGCAUUGUAUGUAUURUAUGUGUGUGCGCCUCUGAUUAUUUAAUGCAGACGCUUUCAAGACCUGUUCCAUGUUACUUGCUUGCGUGCUUUGGCGGUGCAACCUGAAAUAACUUAAAUAUGCAGUAAAGCCCACCAAGCUUAUGGGCCUUCCGCGGCGAAGAGAAAUAAAAUCGAAUUUGUGUGUACUUGCCGAAGUGAAUUGCUUAACGUUMCAGACGCCCGUUUUCCGUAAAAGUGUAAGGCACACACACACACACACGUACAUGGAAAAGCGUAUCUGCAUGACCGUCAGUACUUAAUUUGUAUUAAUGCUUUACUUUUUCUCUCCUCCUUUUUUUAAAUAAAAUUUUAAGUUUGUACUGCUUUAUUCACUGUAAAUAUGUAUGUGUACUUGUUGUUGUCCAAAUCUCAUUUGUUGUUUGUAGUUCAUGAGUUCGUUCGAAAGCGCGUUUAUCAGCAGAAACGAAUGACCUUCAGAGCUUUCGUUUCAUCAGCACUUUCUUGAAUUCCUUAAUUGAUGUGAUAUUUAAUUUAAUACACACGCUUGUGAAAUUCCCAAAUUAACAGCGCUAUAAAAUAUAUUAGUGUAGUAGUAAUUUAAUUGAAAAGAGAUUAAAUAAAAAUAAUUCAUAUUCAAAAGUUAUAUUAUGAAUGGAAAUGUGUUUUGUUUUAUAAUUGUUUUUGGUUUCAUAUAUAUAGAAACAUACAUAGAUUGGUAGAUCCGCGGGUGUUUUUGUGUGCGCUUAAUUUUUCAAACAUGACGCGUUCGGCGGAUCGCCUUUCUGUCCGCCGGCCUCCUGUCGUCUUACGUUGUCCAAAUGACCAGUCGCAGUUGGGUUGUUGUUGUCGCUUGGCCGAUUUGUCUGUCGCUGGCGUAUUAUGAUUACUUUAUUUAUUUUGUCUAUUCAUUAUGCGCCUUAUUUCAAUGAGACUGCCCGCAUUUGGGUCAGCCCCACAGAAAUUAUAAAUUUAAAUUAAAUAUACAAAUUAUACUCGCACACAAAUUUCGGUUUUAUGACUUGACAACGCACCACGCACAUACAUAUGUAUGUAGGUAURCACAUUUAGCGUACAUUGUACCACCGAGCGGCAGUCCAACGCCUUUUAUGUGAAUUCAUUUUUUAAAAUUGCUGUUUUUCGUUUUAAGUACAUAUUUAUUUCGAGUCACUGGAUGAUUGUUAGUUUCGCUUUGUUUUUUGGUUGAGCUGRGAAUAUUGCUCUUGCUAAAUAAUUAGCCUCGUUUAAUAACGAGGCUGACUUUGUUGCUGCAUUUGCACUCGUGAAUGCAAGUAUCUAUAAUUAAUUGUGUCUACUUUGUGUGUUCAGUGGAUUUAGUGAUACAAAUGAAUCUGUCAAAGAGUGUUUCUGGCGGUAUGCAGCGCUGGCGGCAGUAUCAAUGAUUGGGUAGAGUUUUCUGUCGCAACGACGUUGCUUCUGAAAGUUUCUCCUUACGAGUUGGGACAAUUAAAAAAAGAACAAAUUUUCGUGGUCACUUUCCGUUGUAUAUUCAACACGCUUAGUAYACAAAACGCUUCUUACAAUUACAUGCCACUUCUAUUUAUACAAAAUUGGUUAGUUUAAUUCUAUAUUAAUGUUGUUGUAAGCUACUAUGUAAAGCAACCACUUGCUGAUCAGCGAAAGUUCGUCAGCAAAAGUCUCCCAGAUUGCUUUUAAGCAGGUCACUAAUUUUGAUUAUGACGGCCGCUUGUGAAAAUAAAGUCUGCUACUUCACAAUAAAUGCUAUGCUCGCGCAUGCAGCGCCAGUUCUAAGUAAUUAAUAUGUUUCUGCUUAAGUAAGCUUGGGAUCGGAAAUGAAWUGUAUGAAUUGCUAUAGUUUGGGGUGUUAACUUGCAUAAUUCAGGCUUAAAUCUCAGCGACCGUCCCCGACUAAGUUCCUCCAAGACUGUUACGGAACAGACAUACGUACGCGUUGACUGAACAUUACGUAUGACAAAUACUAGCUACAAGAAUACUUUUAAUACAAUUAGCACUCAACAAAAUAAUAAUAAUAAUAAUUAGCUGCAUACAUAUGUACAUACUACAGYAUGUAUAAAUAUACACAUGAAGCAAUGAGGUAAUUAAUGUUCCAUAUUAGCUGUUCUAUGAGCAAUAACAAUUUACUAAUUAAUCAAUGCAUACGGGAAGUCACAGUUAGCAGCGCAUGCGCGUAUACAAAGCGCAUAUACAUAUACACCUAUGUGCGUACGUACAUAUAUACAUACAAUAUAUAUUAUGUAGAUAUAUAAAAUUAUUGAUUAUGCCGCAUAGAAACAUGUAAACUUCAAAUGGCUCUAGCAUGCAUUACGCCAGAAAGUAUGUAGAACGGAAACAUGACAGCAUGAAACACGAAAUUAUACUACAAAAGCGCCUGCAACAACAAUAUCUAAUGUCGGUUGAGCGGAGGAAGCACUUAAAAGCAAAUUAAAUGGGUUGAAGUUUGGUUGACGAUGAGCAAACAGCSGCAGAGCAAUGGCAACUGGCUGGUGAUCAGCUGACCACCACCGUGGUGGACCGGCCAAAGCGGCAGGUAGCGRGGUAAAGCGGGGUUGUARGAUUUUCGUUAAGUSAACAUUGAAACGAAUCUAUUGUUAUGGAUUUACUCGCAUUUCAGUUGAAAACAUUUAAAAUUUGAAACGGGUCGGUGUAACCGGUUGAAGGGUAUCGUGGGCAGUAAUAGCAAUAAAGUGCGAUGAACUGCAGGAGACAAAAAUCACUUUAUCAAAAGACACAUACACAAACACAAACACUCAUGUAGUUGAUUGUUUGGAAAGGUGCGACUGCUGAGGUGAAUAAAACUGCUUUUGUUAAAUAACGAGGCCUCACAGACCAGAUUUCACGUCGCAAACACAAUUCAUUGCCAGAAAAUUGUACGUUUCACGUAUAACAAUAGACUGAGACGCCCACAACUGAGUUCCGACCGCAAGCAUGCAGUAUGUUCAGCUUGUCAAGCGCGUUUUAAACUUACUCUCUUCCCUGACGUUGUAUAUCUCGCGUAGAAAUUCUCUUUCAGCUUUCGAGCAACCAUUAUGCUAAAAACAAAAAAAUGUAGAUGACAAGUAGACGGCGACUUAUAUAAAAGUACAUACAUAGUACUUGCAUACAUACAUACAUAUGUAUAUGGCUGCUUACGAUAUUGUAUAAUAGAAAGUACAUUAACAUAUUCGAAUAGAUAUCUAUGCUGAAGAAUUAUUGAAACUAUUUAUAUACAUACAUAUACAUACUCGUACAUACGGGAUAUGAUAAGCACAUCUGCCACAUUAGAUAUGACAAAUACAGAAUUUGGGACAGACAGAUCUACAGACAUAAGGACCCACARGUACCCGCAUGCGUGCGAAUGAAGGAGCGCCCUGCAGCGCUUCGUGAGUCGGCAAACAUAAAAAGCACCAAGCCACACAUCCUUUUCUUUAAGCGAUUUGAAAUCGGCAAAUCGAAYUYUAGUUGGGGCGUAUUGAAGGCGAAGGCUACUUUAGUAUAGAAAAUGCCUGACCUUCGAUCAGCAACUUCUGCAGAUUACUCAUUUUAAACAACAAGAUAGUCAAAUUUGUUAGAACUAACGUCGCGGACAUUAAGACAAGAACUCCAGGCACAGGCAAUUGUAGCUAAUAUCGUUGCAAGUAAAGUAUAGAACUAGAACUGAAUAAGUGAAAUACAAAAAAAAUAUAUACAUAUGUAUCAUAUAUACAUACAUACACACAUUCACAAAUAGACAUUCAUACGAAAUAAAAACGUAACGGUAAUAACUUAGAACUGAAUGCAAAAGUAAUUACCAACUAAAAUGUUAGAGUCGAGCCGAGAAGGCCUCGCUAACUACCUCUAUAUGCUAUAAUUUGUAAGUAUGUACAUAUGUAUGUGUAUGWGAYGCAUUUUGCCCUUCAUGAAGACMGAAUUGCCAAACGCAUACAUACAUACAUACACAUAUAAAUAACUAAAUAAAUAUGUAUUCCGAAAUAUUAUUUUUGGAUGUUCCCAUAUAAUUUGAAUAUGCAAAUGCAUUGCAAGCCGUUAAGCAUAAUCAUAUGCAUUUAUACACACAUACACAGGCUCUUGUAGAUCAGCGAAUGCACACAUGUAUAUGUGCAUAUGCAUGUAUACUUGGGUAUAGUUUUUUGGCUGAUUUUGAAGUAAAAAACCGAGAAGAUUAUGAUAACAUCACAAACAAAUCCACUUACAUAAAUGUAUUAUGUAGAAAAGAAAAUAUGUAUAUAGACACGCAUUAGUAAUAUCAACAAUGGUACAGACUUAUGCAUAUGUAUGUAGCAUACAAACACACGAAAACAUACAAACACGUAUAGUUUCAUGAAUUAAAUGUGAUAGUAGUUUUAUAUUGAUUAUUCAUUAAUUGACAAGUGAAGCGAACGUUUUCGACUCAUUUAUGUUAUUAUUGUAAUUUUUAGUUUUCUAUUUAAAUCAUUAAUUAUUGCAUUAUGUACAAUAACAAAUAUAGGAGUAUUAUUAUGAGUUUGAUAUGUAAAAAUGUAAAAUACCUUUGUUGCAAACCUGUAAAUCACAUGGGUAUGUAUGUAGAUGUAAA